AUCUCCUCAUUUCUGCUUUGGGACUUGCUUUAUAAAUAAAAUACGAUGCUCCAACUAAAGCUUCUCUGUCAUAUCCCCAGGAAGUCUUACAAGACUGCCUGUUUGCACAGGAAGACGUGCAAGAAACUUUAAGAAAAAUGAGACACCUUGACCCCAGUGAAUCGCUCAUUUCAGGGUUUCAUCAGAAAAAAUCCACGGACUUGGCUCAGUAUUUUAGUUUGACGGAUUAUGGGGAAGCAGUCGAAGCGCCCAGUGCUUGGAGCAGCAUCAAUGGCCUGUUUGCUGAUUGCGGUUUCGCUCUAUAUCGGCCUUCUCGUGUUUCUUUCAUGAAGGAUUCAGAUUGCAAAUCAGAGGGGCAAUAAUGAUUCCACAGAGGAAGAUGAAGUCACUGAAGAGAGAGACGCUCUCAAGGAUCUACUCAGAAGACUAGUAUCAGGAGAAGAGAGAAACCAGCUUGAGUUUGAAGAGUUCACAUGCCAUUUCGACCUCCACACCGAAAUGUGUCUCUCGGCAAAACCCGUGAGGAUCUCCAAUGGCGGCUUGACUGUUCACGUACCGUCCCAUGGAUCUCAGUUUGAGCGCUCAGUUCGACCCUACGCGAGGAGAGAUGACGAACAUAUGAUGAAACCAAUCACUCGGGUGGAGAUACUUCACGGGGACGUGGCUAAUUUACCGCCCUGCAAUUUCAGGCACAGCAUCCCUGCAGUGAUCUUCUCGACAGCCGUUACAGGAAACGUCUUCCACGAGUUCAGCGAAAUCAUCAUCCCCUUGUUCCUCACAUGCCGGCACUUGCGAUCGCAGCUGAAGUUCGUCACCACCGAUCGCAAUGCGUCAUGGAUUCAGAAAUACUCUGGGAUUUUGAACCGCUUGUCCGAUUACGAGGCUCUCAAUUUAGACGAUGGGAGUGUUCACUGCUUUCCAGGGGCAGUUGUGGGACUCAGGUACCACGACAUUCUAGCCCUCAACACCAGCGACGUCCCUGCAGGAUACUCCAUCCGUGAAUUCAGGCAAUUCCUCAGAGAAUCUUACGAUGUGAAGAUAAAGAACGUGCACGAGAUUGAAAAGCUACAGAAGCCGAUCCUGAUCCUUAUUUCCAGGAACCACACGAGAAAAUUCCUGAACGAGGACGCUGUCGUGGAACUGGCACAAGAGUUGGGCUUUCAAGUGGCGAGGGCAGGGACUGAUGCGAUGUCGAAUCUAGAGCUGUUGGCGAAGAUGCUCAGUUCGUGCAACGUUUUGGCUGGAGUCACGGUGCGGGUCUUACUAAUGAGAUCUUUUUGCCAGACGGCGCAGUGGUAUUUCAGGUGGUGCCGCUAGGAACAGACUGGGCUUCGACCACUAUUUCAAUAUUCCAGCGACUGCAAUGGAUCUGCAGCAUCUGGAAUAUAAGAUAGAGCCCAAGGAGAGCUCCCUGUCCGAAGUAUACAGGCUGGAUGAUCCAGUGAUUGUCGACCCUGGAUCUGUCUUUGCGAAGCUGGGGUACCAAGCAGCGAGGGUUGUGUAUUUCGAUGGCCAAAAUGUGAAGAUCAACCUGAACAGAUUUAAGGACACGCUACAGGAAGCAAUGAGACUUGUUAGACAUUCCAUGACUUAGGGCUGAGUUCAUUGUCAUUACGCAACAGAAGGCAGCACUGUUGGCUUUUCUGUCAUCUGUUUCUGGACAUACACCGCAAUUUUUGGUUGAAGAAAAAUUCUAUUGCUUUGUAUGCUACAAAAUUUGAUAACUCUUCAUAUUUGUAAACUGCGAAUAAGGUUGGUAUUAUGCAAAAUGUAAUUGGUAGUAAGUCAGAUUUACUUAUUUUCAAUAAUCAAUA